CAUGGAAAUGCUUGAACAAGACCGAAACGAUUUACAGAGUGAAAUGAAGAAAAAGAAUGUGGACUGGAAGAAAGUCGAUGCCCUUAUGGACAGCACCUUUUCACUGAGGAGGAAGGAGGUCAUCAGAGAGGAGCCUUUGGUCAAAGAUCUCAAAACCAGAUGGCCAGCGUUGUUCACUGAGCGGCAGAUUGAAGCAGAAUUCAGACGGAUUGUCUCCAAGAACCUGAAGCAGUCAUUUUUUGACGGCCUGGAUGAGUUGGUCCCAAGAUUUCUGCGUGUUUACAGACAGAGGCAGACAGUGAAGGAACUUCCGGCUAUCCUCGCCUCUCUUGAUGAUGAUAACUCAAAUCAACAGAAGAGAGCCGUUGUUCUCCUUGCCCUGCCCUAUUUUAUGAAGGAGGACCCUUCCAAUUUCUUCAAAAUCUGUAAGCCAAAUGAGGAGAGUGAAGCGGUCAAGGGAAUGGACGUGGGAAUCCUCAUCCUUACAGAGAAUGAACAGCGCCCUCUCCCCAAGGAGGUGAUCGAUGUCGCACUUGCACUGGAGGAGGAUGUCGUUCUCCGAAACCUCAAAGAUGUGCCUCACGCGUUUUCAUUGCUGAUGGGUCUGCUUUAUGGUCUCAACAUCCACUACCCAAAAGGACUCAGGUACAUGUUUGAGGUCAUACAGAAGGUGAUAAUGAAGAUUGGUGCAGAGUCUUGCUCCGCAAGAGUUAAUAGUGUCCGGAACAGGCUCAUGUCCACACGCAUGUGA